AGUUAAUUUCAUUUUGUAGAAUUGGCUUCAACAUUUUUUAUGCUCCGUCAUAAAAAUAGUUACAUAGUGAUUGAUUCAUUUUCCUCCAUUUCAUAGUUCAAUUGUAUGAAAUGAAGAGAAGAUUAUGAUGAAUGGCAUGAGUGUCUUUGCAAAGAGAGUCGUAACACUGCUGAAAACUUUUUGCCGUUCUCAAACUCACGUCAAACAAAUUCAAGCGCAAAUCAUAGUCCACAACCUUCAAUCAAACACCACAAUCGCAUACAACUUCAUAACCGCGUCUCAAUCUCACAAUCUUCUCAUCUCAGUUCUACCUCUCUUCACUCUCCUCAUUCCAAAACCCCAUCUUUUCAUCUUCAACUCUCUCAUCAGAGCUUUCUCCCAUUCCCACAUCCCCAACACCCCUCUCUCCCUAUACUCUCACAUGCACAAAAACUCCAUCCACCCCAACAAUUUCACGUUCCCUUUCCUCUUCAAGUCACUUUCUGACACCCGCAGCUUCGUUCAGUCCCAGUGUGUCUACACUCAUGUUGUGAAACUUGGUUAUGGAAACGAUGUUUAUGUUAGUAACUCGCUUCUUGAUGUGUAUGCGUCGUGUGGUUAUGUUGAACUUUGUCGACAACUGUUUGAUGAAAUGCCGCACAGAGAUGUUGUGUCUUGGACUGUUUUGAUUAUGGGUUAUCGGUUUGGUGGGAUGUUUGAUGAUGCAUUGCUUGUGUUUGAGCAGAUGCAGUAUGCGGGUGUGGUGCCGAAUCGGGUUACGAUGGUGAAUGCUUUGGCUGCUUGUGCUAGCUCUGGUGCUAUUGAAAUGGGGAUUUGGAUACAUGAUAUGAUAAUGAGGAAUGGGUGGGAACUGGAUGUGGUUUUGGGGACGGCGUUGAUUGAUAUGUAUGUGAAAUGUGGGAGAGUGGAAGAUGGGUUGAGGGUUUUUAGUUGUAUGAAGGAGAAUAAUGUGUUUACUUGGAAUGCUGUUAUUAAAGGGCUAGCUUUGGCUAAGAGUGGCGACGAGGCUGUUUUGUGGUUUAAUAGGAUGGAGUUUGAUGGAGUUAAGGCAGAUGAAGUGACUUUGGUUGCGAUUCUUUCAGCGUGCAGUCAUUCGGGUUUGGUGGAUAAGGGUCGAUUGAUAUUUAGUAUGUUGGUUGAUGGAAAGUAUGGGUUUUGUCCUAAUGUGAAACAUUAUGCUUGUAUGGUUGAUCUCUUGGUGCGUGCUGGUCUGUUGCAAGAGGCUUUUGAGAUCAUGAGAUGUAUGCCUUUUGAGCCGACAAAAACUAUGUGGGGAUCGUUGUUGAGUGGUUCAAAAUCUCAAGGGAACUUUGAAUUCAGUGAGUUUGUAGCUAGGAAACUAGUUGAGAUGGAGCCGGAUAACACUGCCUAUUAUGUUCAGCUGUCGAAUCUGUAUGCAGAGGCGGAAAGAUGGAACGAUGUUGAGAGAGUAAGGGGAAUGAUGAAAGAGAGAGAACUGACUAAGGACUUGGGUUGUAGUUCUGUGGAAUUUGAACAUCAAAGGCCUGCCAGUGAAGUCUUGGCACUUUAACUCACUCUCCUAGCAUUUUCAUGAAACUUGUAAGCUGAGAUGGAAUGCUUGUCUCUCCCUCUAAAGUUGGUGUUCAAGGAACACCACCAAGUUAACCGUUACUUCUGCUAGGGGGCUUCUGGGCUACAAUGUCUAUUUCUUGAUGGAUAUUGGUGGUUAUAUAUGUCUAGUGAUAUUGAAGAAUGGUACGACUGAUUAUUAUUUGGGUAAUUUUGUUUUCAAAAGCCUCUUGAUGAUUUAGUUUGCCAACAUUUACUUAGAAAGUAGACCAUGUGCAAGUCAGUAUUCCUGCAGAGCAUCAGUAUUUUGAGGUAUUCGUAGGUUGAUGGAAAGUAUAGAUUUUGUCCUAAUGUCAAACACUUUGCUUUUAUGUUUGAUCUCUUGGUACAUGCCGGUUGAUUGCAAGAGGUUUUUGAGAUCAUUAGAUGCAUGCCUUUUGAGCCGACGAAAGCUAUGUGAGGUUGUUGGUUUGUUACAAAUCUCAGGGCGACUUUGAAUUUAGCGAGUUUACAGCUAGGAAACUAGUUGAGAUGGAGCCCGAUAACACUGCUUAUUAUGUUCAGCUGGCAAAUUUAUAUGCAGAAGAGGGAAGAUGAAAGAUAGAGUAAGGGGAAUGAUGAAAGAUAUGCUGCUUCAUAUGCUACAUGAUAUAGAAUUUAACAGUUGGGAUGAUAGUCCAUAUACUGCUGUGUCUUUGAUCAGAUGACAACCAUAGCUUGACUUGUGGAUCAUUUGAGCUUGGGUAUUCUACACGUUUUCCCACUCAACAUUGGAUAUAUUUUGAUGGAAUUCAUAUUGCAUACAUUCUCUCAGAUUUUGUUUUGAUUACAAUACCUUACGAGAAUUUUGUAAAUGGGGAAAUACUUCUUAUAUUUGAGUGCAAUUGCAAAUCAUGCUUUUGAUACGUCUCCAUGUUUGGGAAGAUGCAUCCAAUGUAAAAGCAUAUGGUUGUGUGAAAUAUGUAGACAUCCAAGAAUUUGUAAUGAAAAAAAAGUUUUUCAUUAAACAGCAUUUUAUAGGACUUAGACGGCCUAUAACUAUAAGGGCUUUUCGACCUGCUAGAGGUUUGUUGUUCAUCUAUUGAAGAUGUCAAUCAUUUGAUAUUUUUUCCUAAAAUUUCUUAUAUAUUUGAAAAAGAAAGUACUGUGAGUUGCAGGAUAAGCAUCUAGCCAUGUUU